CAUCACCCCACGAUUCGCGGUGCUACGUCAUCAUAUGGCGACGAACGUUUCAUUUAGUAAACAAUUGCUGGAGAUUAAAGUGUAAACUCAUGGAUAGUCUUGUGAAGGUGCACGGAGGUGGCGGCUAUGACUCUGACUUCAGUGAUGAUGAUGUGCAGGAAGAGUCCUCGGGGAGAGGCAUUAAAAGAAAACGUGAGGAGGAAAUCUUACAGAAGCCAUUCAAGAAAGCUCGGCACUCCCAGAAGGCUCACAGGAGUUUACACUCUAAUGAAGUGGACAGAGAGGAAGCCAGGAACAGAAGAGCCCACCUGAUAUCAUUGAAUGCUUUUGAGCGACAUAAGAAGUUUGUUGGUGACUACAUACUUUAUUAUGGAGGACAGAUGGCCGACUUCAAGCGCACAGCAGCCAAAGACAAAACGGAUCUGGAUGUGCUGCGGGAGAAUCAUCGCUUUCUCUGGAAGGAUGAGGACGAGGAAGACAUGACAUGGGAAAAAGAACUCGCCAAGAAGUAUUAUGACAAGCUGUUUAAAGAGUACUGCAUAGCUGACCUCGGCAGAUACAAGGAAAACAAGUUUGGAUUUCGUUGGCGGACUGAGAAUGAAGUCGUCUCUGGCAACGGUCAGUUCCACUGUGGAAACAAACGCUGCGAGAAGCAGGAAGGCUUAAAAAGCUGGGAGGUGAAUUUUGCCUAUGUUGAACACGGCGAGAAGAAAAAUGCAUUGGUCAAACUCAGACUAUGCCCCGAAUGCUCUUUCAAACUCAACUACCACCACAAGAGGAACGAGGUGAAAGCAAAGACUAAAGUCAUAUCGGAGGAGAACCAGGAGCCACCACAGAAGAAGAAGAAGAAGAAGAAGAAGAAGAAGAAGAUGAAGAAAACGUCUUCACACUCCAAGAAGCACAAGAGACGCAGAGAUCGUUCCUCCUCUUCCAGCAGCUCAGAGGAGUCGCAGGACUCGGACAAAGACUCUGAAGCUGAGGACGAGCCGGAAGGUCGAUCAGAAGCCGACCACUGGCGAGGACCCGCUCCUGCAGUAGAGGAAAAGUCAAGGGAGGAGGAAUUUGAUGAGUACUUUGAAGACAUGUUUCUUUGACUGGACUGGUAUCAGCGGGGAACCCUGCUGCGACUACACUUUCUUCAGCGCGCCACUGACAUUAGGCAUGUUGUUUCUGAGUCUUGUGCGCGUGUAGAUUUAUUCGAUUAUAUUAUUAUUGUUUCAGUACUGCCGCAGAAAUAAACAGAAUGUUUAGCCAGCACAUGUCUGACGCCAUCUCCGUUUUAAUCCCUCCCUCUAUCACAGAGGAAAAUAGUCGUAGUCAUGGUAGCAGUAUGGCUCGUGGGAUGGCUGGUCCACAACUUUGUAUUUGUGUCCACGACUUUUGGCUGAAAUUUGGUACAGAUAAUAAGUGUCAUUUGAAAUGUAAUGAGAUAAUGUGUUGGUGUACAUGCGUGCAUUUGUCUGUCCUCGUCUAAUCUUCCAUACUACUAAGCCCAUCAACUGAAUAUUGUUUGUGCUCAUGUGUGACCUCUCCUUGUUGUGGGGAUUCACGAUUUAAAAAAACAAAACUGUUUUAUACCGUCAUUGACUCCUGACUCUUCUUAACAUUUUAUCCAGAGCCAACAUCAAACUUUCGUUAAUAAUAUUUAAUCUUCCACAGCAGACUAUUUUUUGACUCGUCAUUAGUAGGAAAAGCACAGGUGUUUCUAACAACAUUAACGAUGGCUCUGUUAAGUGUCCCAGUCAGCAGUGACAUUGAGCCAGCACGCACAGUCCCUCAAACCCAAAGCAGCUCAA